AAAAUUGGAACUUUGGACGUUGAGCUAUUUUAUGAAAAUAAAGAAGGAGUUCUAACAAAUGGAAAAAGUUGUGAUGCUUGGCCGUUCAAUCCACUUUGUGACAUUUACUUCGAGAUAUGCGUAACUGAUGAGGACGGUGUGCUGCGGGAUUCGUCCUGUAAUCUUCACUCCGAAAAAACCAGCCCAGUUCGAAACACAGCCGCUAUCAGUUAUAAGUUUAAAGUAUCAUAUUUCGAAAACAAACUGUUAAAAAUUAGAAUUAAGGCACUGGAUCAUGAUCGCUUUACUGAGGCGGAUGAACUGGGAAAAUUCAUAUUUCAGGUGCAUCCAUACGAUGUGUCAAGUGUACUUCCGACACCACUAGCUGCUGACUCAACUUCGAUUGCCCACCGUUCAACAAAAAUCAGUCGUUCAUUGGAGCAUUCGAUUUACAAGCUCGGCAGUUCAAUUGGUUUGGCACAGUACUUGAGGGCAAUAGUAGUUGGUGUUGGGACCAAGUGGACUGGAUAUUCCAUGGUGGAAGUUGUAAUCUUCCCACAAUCAAACCGAGUGGAGACGUUUUACAUUGGCGGAAAAGACAACUGCCCGUGUGGAGGCCACAAGUAA